AUGCUUGUAGAUACUCGAGGUGGUGUUUUUGAUGUCAAUGUUGAAAUCACCAAGGAUGACCAACUCCGUGCUAUUGCGAAUUUUCAUAAGGUUUCAUCUAGCCAUGUUUCAGUUAUACAGACUAUGGCGGCUCUCGUCUUCAGAACAAGCAAUUUUAAUUCAGAAAGCUUCGGAAGAAUUGAUCUUGCAUUUAGAUCUAACUGUGAUCGACCUCCAUUAAUUCUUAAUGGUGAGGUAAAUUCAGAUCUGUCUCAUGGAGGUAAAACAACAUUUACAUGUAGAGACGGAUACACGUUAGUUGGUGUAACAAGUACUUUGUGCCUAGAUGGACAGUACCAGGAUCAAUUUCCAGUAUGCUACGCUAACUGUAAGGCGUCAAUUAGUAUAGCCAAUGGUCAGUACACUGGAAGCUUCAAUCAUGGAGGAUCAAUCAUAUUCACAUGUGAUGUUGGUUACACGUUGGUAGGAGAAUCAACAAUUACAUGUGACAAUGGUCAAUAUAGUUCAUCAUAUGCAGAAUGCAAAGCUAACUGUGAUCGACCUCCAUUAAUUCUUAAUGGUGAGGUAAAUUCAGAUCUGUCUCAUGGAGGUAAAACAACAUUUACAUGUAGAGACGGAUACACGUUAGUUGGUGUCACAAGUACUAUGUGCCUAGAUGGACAGUACCAGGAUCAAUUUCCAGUAUGCUACGCUAACUGUAAGGCGUCAAUUAGUAUAGCCAAUGGUCAGUACACUGGAAGCUUCAAUCAUGGAGGAUCCAUCAUAUUCACAUGUGAUGUUGGUUACACGUUGGUAGGAGAAUCAACAAUUACAUGUGACAAUGGUCAAUAUAGUUCAUCGUACGCAGAAUGCAAAGGUACAAUAUGUCAUGUUUAAUCUUGAGUUAGCUAU